UUCUCCUCUCCUUUUGGUGCUUCUUUUUUUCCCCUUCCCAGUCCCUGGUCGGCAUCCAUCAAAUCCACACCCUACCCCACCAGGCUUCACUCCCCCCCUUCCGUCCAUCGAAUCCAACAACACAAUGGAAGGCCAUGAAAUCCCUCCUCUCUUUCUGCUGUGCCUGUGCCUCUCUUCCAUCCUGGGCCUGGUCCAUCAAUCCCUCAAUUCCAUUCUCACGCUAACCUACACACCCCUGCCCUGAAGACUGUGGCCUCCCCAAUAGGGCAUGCAGACGACGAUGCAUCGCCUCACGCGAAGCUCACAGAGUUCCGUCCCACCGUCGCCGCCAGAGAGGGUCGUCGGGAUUUUUCCUACAAGGACGCCCAUCAUCGUCACCUAGUCUAUGUCCCUAAUUGGCCCCUGUCCACGCCCAACUACACGUACUACGAAGUAGCCCGCCCAUGUUAGUCCCAGAGUUGGCCGACCCAUUACACCCAAAAUACCCGUUCCCGAGUCCUGCCUGGCCCGUGGAGUCGUGGUACCCCAGCAUCUCUGGCCUGGACCCUGGGACCAGCGCCGCGACUGGUUGAACCUGAUGGUACGGAGUACACUACGAAGUCCACACCAGAGCGCCCGAGUGAAGGAGAGAGACAGACAGACAGACAGACACCACACACCCACACGCCUCUGCAGAAAGUUGAGCGGACGCUACCCAGUAGCCCACGCAUCGAUGUACAUAAUGAUGUCCCACCCUCCUUCUUUUCACUCGAGGGUCCUCUUGAUCGGUUCUGGGCUUCUUCGUCGUUGCUUCUGCUCACGUCUCUCCUUGAUACCCCGAGUUGCUGUUGCUACGCUACCAUCAACCGGCCUCGCCCUGACCUGUCCUGUCAGCUCCAAUUACGGACCAUGACGGUAGCCAUAUAGCCAGAGACGUCUCUGUCCCAUGCUGCAACAUCUCGCCGACGACUUAUACGCCGCUCGCCCUGCCUAGUUCCCCGGAACAUACACGAAUAUCUGGGAUACAGUUCAAGUCAAGACAAAACUUGGACUUCAGCGGGACUGAGGACGUUACUGGGGGAAACUAUUCAAACUACACGCCAUUGAGAGGGCAUCCGGCACCGAAAACAGCCGUCAGUACCACGAUCGUCACUACUACGAUAGAUAUAUUUCUACGCUUGAGCACUAUUGCUAUACUGCGAUACUCGUCCACGCAUUGUCCAAAAUAGUGUCGGCCACUGGAACAGGACCAUCAUCGAGCGGCUGUCCGACUCGACCACGAACGGAAAUUUGAACGGCCGUACAUAUUUCAGCCGCCCGUCAGCUAUAAUUCGACCAUGGCCAACGAAUCUCUCGCCAGGGGAGGCUGCCCCAUACCAUUCUACUCUGCGAGCUUGUUUCCAAUCGACGAAGGGUUUAUCGAGGGCCGACUAUGCCAAAACUUGACCGCGACCUUGCAGUGUUGCUUGCCCUGCCCGCUUACAGACUGGGUCUACCCGGAUUACUUCAACACUCUGACGACGGCAGCCAACUGGGUCUGCGUCGCUAGCGCAGCAUGCUGCCUCUUCCUCCUGAUAUCAUGGGCUUUUCUGCCUGUUGAUAAAACAUAUAGACACUACCUCAGCAUUUGCCUGACAAUAGCUGUGUUCAUCAUGAACCUUGGCUUCGUCGUGCCACUUGCCGAUCAACCGGAGCAAUGCUACAACGACAUUACACCGCACAGCAUGAAGUCUAGCAAAGUCUGCGGUGCCUCUGGGGCCUUUCUCUUGCUCGGAGGCUGGGCCGGUGUCAUGUGGGUAUUCUUGCGAUCGUUGUCCCUGCAUCUCCAGAUUUGUUGGCAAGUUGUCGUGGGCCGCAACUUUAUGAUUUUUGCCCAAGCUACGGGCUGGGGUAUCCCACUUGUUGGCAUCGUCGUUGCCCUCGUCUUCAGUGGCGUGUCGUUCCGAUUUGGCGCUACCUGUCACAUCAACCACAAGAACAGUCUUGCCGAUUUCUGGAUACCUCUGCUGGUAUUCGCCGGUCUCACGGUCAUCAUUCAAUUCGCCACUUUCGGAUAUUGUAUCAAGGUCUAUCUUGCUUCCCUGGCGGAUAACAGUGCGUCGACAGAAGGGUCGAGCUUGCCCACGUACAGCAAUAGCAUCCAGACGAUGAGCCCCCGUCAAGCAUACCGCCGAGUGCGACGUGUCAUUUCUCUCCAAUGGCGAGGUAUUGCUAUUGUUCUCAUCAUCAUUGCCGACGUCAUCUUCUUCUCUGUCGUCUUCGUAUUCCAGGACAACACGGUCCAGGCAGUACAUGACGACGAGAGCAUAGCCCAGGCUUGGAUCCUCUGUCUUGUCAGCACCAAAGGUGACAGGACGAAGUGCUUGGACAAGGCUAAGAACAUGGUUGUCAACGAGGCAACUAUUACGGCGGUCCUGAUUCUUCUGGCGAUGAAUGGUAUCUGGCUGCUCUUCCUAUUGGGUCGCUGGGCCAUGGUCCUUGGCUGGGUGGACCUCUUCACCUCCUGCCUAGGCAGAAACAAAAAGGAAUUCGUAUCGGUGGAUGCCAGAUACGAUGUCAAGAAAGACACACGUGCGUACGAGAUGCUGUCUAGAGACUCGAGCGCUGUUGUAACACCAAUCUCUCCAGUCAAAUCCCCCAUCGUAAGUCCCAACAGCGAACGACGAAGAACGCCGGAUUAUUUUGGGCAGACCGCUCGCUAUCAGCCGCCGAUGCGGUCGUUCUCGAGUCCUCGACCGCCGCAAACACCUCCCACCUGGGAUGCGCGAGCAACUUACGCUCGGCCCGAGUCACGAUCCCGAGGGGACGGCUUCGAUGACAUGAACCCACUUGGGAUGAACCGUAUAUGAUGAGACGAAGCGGCUGGUCAUGACGGAACGAGAAGAAGAAAAGAAAAUUAAAACGGAGAGAACAAUGCGUCUGAAAUCGGAUGAAACCAUAUUUCAAGCGCCUGCUUUUAAGCGCGCGCGCGCAACAAUACCCGACAACCUAAAUGGAGCGGCACCAUUCGGCCGAAGUUCGAUCUUGCCCGCGCUGAUCCGCGCUGACGGUGAACGCUGACCAGUGUCGCAAAAAGAAUCUGAGAAAGAUGAUGUAAUGUGGAGGAACCACCGGCCUCGUCGGCCAUGUCAAUAUGUCAGAAAAAAUCAAUGUAAUAUCAGCGUCGGCGUCUCGGUCUCGUUUAUACCGCGAAGGAAUGCGAAGAGUACGUUGCCCCCACAAUUUAAAGACCCGAAGGAAAGGAUUGUGGGAAGGUCGGCGGCGGGAGCCUCUCUCUUAUUGAUUAUUGAUGGAUGGGGGCCAUGGGCCUCGGCGCUUCAGUAUCGGGGCGGGAGAGGGAACGGGAUCGGCGGAACGAAUCACGAUUGACGGACAUGUAGGAGCAGUUGAGAGUCC